AAAUCUUUCUUUAAUUCUUUUUGGUGGUUUUGUUAAAUAAACUAUAUUAAAAAUGGGCACAGUGCACGCCAAGGCCGACCAGGGUGGCAUGGGAGAGGUGGGUGGAGGUUUGUUUGAAUUUGAAGAACCAAUAGAGCUGGAUGAUGAGCCCAUUCCAAAGCCUACAAUUAAACUUGAUGGAGUUAGAGCACGUGUGGACCGCGUUCAUGUGGACGGGCUGAGCCGAACUAAAGACGACAUCAUACGAAGCACCGUCGACGACCUGUUUCAGGCGACAGAUUUCGAGGACGUCAUAUUGAGAGCGCACAAGGUACGUCGCGCGCUGGACUCGAUGGGUUGUUUCCGCGACAUCGGCGUGUUCAUCGACGUGUCCUCGGGACCUGGCUCCACUCCUGAGGGGCUUGAAGUGACAUUCCAAGUGAAAGAGUUGUCUCGUAUCGUAGGCGGCAUCAACACCACCGUCAGCGAGAACGAAGGGAACCUGGUUGUAGGUAUGAAGAUGCCGAACGUGUUGGGUCGCGGCGAGCGCGUGCAGGCGGAGUACAGCGUGGGGUACCGCAGCACCUCCAACUUCAGCCUCACCGCCACCAAGCCCUUCCCUCACAAGCCGCUGGUGCCCGUAGUGUCAGCGUCAGUGUACCAGCAGAACCACGAGUACCCGUGGUCCGGGUACCGACUCCUGGAUCGCGGCGUGCUGCUAGACCUCGCCUUCAACACCUCGCCCGCAACGAAACACAACCUACAAUGGGAAGGAAUGGUUCGUGACACGUCAGUACUCAGCAAGACUACAAGCUUCAAGGUCCGUGAGAGUAGCGGUCCUCAAAUGAAGUCGAUCCUGCGUCACAUAGUGUCGGUGGACCACCGCGACGAGGCGAUAUUCCCGACGCGCGGCACGUGGGUGCAGUUCACGAGCGAGCUGGCGGGUCUGGGCGGCGGCGUCGCGCAUCUUAAGACCGAUGUGCACGCGCAGGCCAACUUCACCAUCAUGGACGCCGUGGUACUCCAACUAUCAGGCGCGGCGGGAGUCCUGCACGACAUGUUCGGCACGGAGCUGCCCGACCACUUCUACCUGGGCGGUCCCACCACGCUGCGCGGGUUCCAGCAGCGAGGCGUAGGGCCGCAUAGUGACGGACAGGCCACUGGGGGGAAGAUGUACUGGGCAUCCGGACUGCAUAUAUACGCACCGCUGCCCUUCCAACAAAACAAGACCGGACUAGGCUCUCUGUUUAGGUCCCAUUUCUUCGUUAACGCUGGAUGUUUGUCCAUGCCUGAAGAGGGCGGGCUGGCGGCGCUGGAGUCGCUGCGGGCGGCGCGCGUGUCGUGCGGCGCGGGCGCGGCGCUGCGGCUCGGGCGCGUGGCGCGCGUCGAGCUCAACUACGUGUGGCCGCUGCGGGCGCGCCACGGCGACGCGCGCGCGCACGGCCUGCAGCUCGGCGUCGGCGCGCACUUCCUGUGACGUACAGACGAGAAGGCUUAAUUUAUCUGUUAUAUUAGUACUGGUACGUCGUACAAAUUGUAAAUGUUCUGUUGUAUAUUGUUAUAUCACGGGCUAUAGUAUUGAUUGAAAUAUACUGCCUUUAGUUUUAA